GGAAGCAAGUUAUUCUUAGUCCAAAUCAAAGUGCAAUCUCCCUCCAACAUAUAUAUGCAAUCUGAUGUAUGAUCCUUUCGCUAUCACCAAACAAACUAAUUAAGGAUGGCUGACUGGGGCCCAGUGUUUGUGUCCUUGGUGCUCUUCAUUCUCUUAACACCCGGCCUGCUCUUUCAGCUGCCGGGGAGAGCAAGGUGUGUCGAGUUUGGCACCUUCCAGACAAGUGGCGCCGCCAUUAUCAUCCACACACUCAUCUACUUCGGUCUUAUUUGUGUCUUCUUGCUCGCUAUUAGGGUCCACUUGUACAUGGGCUACAUCAGAUCAGAUAUGUCUGCAGAUUGGGGUCCAGUGGUGAUGGCAGUGGUGCUGUUCGUGCUGCUCAGCCCAGGGCUGCUGUUUCAGCUGCCGGCAAAGGGCAGGGUGGUUGAGUUUGGGAACAUGCAGACAAGUGGCAUCUCUAUAUUGAUUCACACCAUCAUCUUCUUUGUCCUCAUCACCAUCUUCCUCAUUGCCAUUGGUGUCCACAUCUAUUCCGGAUAAUCAUUCUAUUACUUCUAACAAGUAUUGUUUCAUGUCUGUAUUGCUUCUAUUCUAACAAGACAUUUUUUUUUUCUCUCUGGAUUAUGUUGCCUGCCAAUCAAUAACAGAGGUUCAUAUUUGACACAGC